AUGGAAACCUUUUUUCACACUCCUGUUACGUUGUUACUAUUAGUAGUCAUGUGUCAUACUCUGCCUCCUCUCGCUGGUUCUUUUCCGAUUUCUCCCAAUUUUCCGGCGGUUUUCAACUUCGGAGACUCUAACUCUGACACCGGAGAACUCAGCUCUGGUCUUGGAUUCCAUCUCCAACCUUCCUAUGGACAAACCUACUUCUUUAAACCUCCAUCUACCGGAAGAUUCUGUAAUGGACGUCUCAUCGUCGAUUUCCUGAUGGAAGCAAUUGGUCGGCCUUAUUUGAGGCCUUAUUUGGAUUCGGUAAGCACACAAAGCUACCGGAGAGGCUGCAAUUUUGCGGCGGGUGGGUCAACAAUUCAGAAGGCAAAUGCUGCAUCCAUUAGCCCCUUUGGUUUUGGUGUUCAAGUCUCUCAAUUCGUCACCUUUAAAUCCAAAGUCCUUCAAUUGAUACAACAAGAUGAAGGGCUCGAAAGAUACUUACCGUCCGAAUAUUAUUUCAAAAAUGGAUUGUAUAUGUUUGAUAUCGGACAAAAUGAUCUUGCCGGAGCAUUUUACAACAAGACACUAGAUCAAGUUCUUGGUCUCAUUCCUACAAUCUUAGAUAUUUUUCAAGAUGGGAUAAAGAGAUUAUAUGCAGAAGGGGCAAGAAACUUUUGGAUACACAACACAGGGCCACUUGGGUGUUUAGCUCAGGUUGUGUCAAUAUUUGGGAGAGACAAAUCAAAACUUGAUGAGUUUGGUUGUGUCAGUGACCAUAACCAAGCUGCUAAGCUCUUCAAUUUGCAGCUUCAUGCUCUUUUCAGGAAACUCCCUCAACAAUAUCCUGAUUCCCGUUUCACAUACGUAGAUAUCUACUCGAUCAAAUCCGACCUCAUCCUCAAUCAUUCCAAUUACGGUUUUGAUCAUUCGAUAAUGGUAUGUUGUGGAACCGGAGGACCACCAUUGAACUACAAUAAUCAGGUUAACUGCGGUUCGACCGUGAAAUCAUCAAACGGUACCAUAAUAACAGCCAAAGCUUGUAAUGAUAGUUCCAAAUAUGUUAAUUGGGAUGGAGUUCACUACACCGAAGCUGCAAAUCGGUUUGUUUCACUGCACAUUCUCUCCGGUAAAUAUUCUGAGACGUCAUCGUCUUGGAAUCUUUAGAAAUGCCUCUACAAACAUUGUUGAAGGAGUAGUGAGAGAAUUUACACGUUAAUGUUCUACAUAGAUACAUAAAUAUCUAAUUAUUUA